UAAUAUGGUCGACCAAAGCAUGUUAUUCAAAGCUAUAUUAUCGGUUACAUAAAGGUGGCUUUUACAACCGUUGAUCGGUAACAACUAAUUUUUAAAUUUAAACAAGGGAAGGAGUUGGCGAAACUAAAGCACACUUGUUUCACACUUGCUUGCUCUUCACCAAAACCACCAAUGAAUUCUUGUUUUUGAAUUCAGGAUUUUGAAGAGACUUCAACACAAAUGCAUUGUAACAAAUCUAACCCAAAGCUCCGAGCUCCUGACAACAUUUAUCGGUUACAGUUCUAGUCUUGAAUAUGCUGUCAAAAACCUCAAGCGCACAUUCUGCAACCAUCUUAGUUUCACAGCCAUACUUUUUAAUGGUGAAGCCAGGAUCCUACACAACGAUAACCGCUCUAGUUGCGAUAGACAAAACUAGCAGCACCGAAUAAAUACUGAACUUCACCAUGGUGCUAAAGGAUACUAACUACUCCCUUUUCUUCUUCUCUCCCUCUUGAGAAACCUUAGCACAAAGAGUGACAAGCAAGGAUAGUUCAAUUUAUACGUGGAGGACAAAUGUUUGAAAUGGAUUUACAAGUUUUAACGUAAUAGCAUUACUCUCAGUGAAUUGAUUACUCUUUUUGUAAACACCAAAUUUAAUUAAUUACCACGGUGACACAUAAACUGUAAUCUCCCUUUCAUUGGCCUUUCGUCUUGGAUUUUAAACAAUAAAUUAUGUUCCAUUUU